AUGAGACACCCGUUAUUUUGGGUCGUCCUGCUCUUCGACCUUUUCCCAGGCCAUUACCCUGUUGCCGUGGGCAAAUUCCGAUGCGCCGUCGACGGCAACCCGUACGACCCGUCCGUGAAGCCGCCGUGUAAAGCGGCGGCACCGGGAUCUGGUGGUGACGCCUUUAACGAACACAUCAAGAAGGCUGAUGGCGACAUCGAGGUCGUGUAUGCAUUUAACGAAGGGCCGUCCGGCGUGACCGAUCCGCACGCGCCGACUACAAAUGUGAGCAACACCCUGCGCGCCCUCCACCAGAAGUACAUCGACGGGGCCGGCGACGCCUUGGAGCAGGCCUACUGCGAUCAGCUCGUCUUCACCCGGCCCGCACCUGCUCCUGCUCAGGGUCCCAAGGGGAAAAAGAAGAAGUCGCAAGAUAUGUGGGUGGCCGCCUCCGAGUCGCAGACGCUGAACCGCAAGGCGAAGAAGUCCGGUGGUGGAGGUAGAAAGUCGAAGAGCAAGUCGGCUGAGGCGCCGAGCCGAGCGGACGCGUCGCGUGCCGCCAGCGUCGGCCAGAAGAAGAAGAACUUCCUGAAGAAGGACUACGAGAAUCCGGAGGACUGGACACUCGGCACGACGACGGGCAGCCAAGUGGAAGACGACAGCGGCACGCGCUCGCGCUCCCGCUCACGCGCAGACCGUCGCAAGCGCGACAACACUCGCACCGCUGGAGAUGACCGGACAGCGGAGAGCCGCCAGCAGACCGACCAGAGCGCCCGCCGCAACCGCAACAAGCUCAGCAAGGAGAAGAAGCGCCCAGUUGACUCUCGAAACGCGCGCAGCAGCAGCGCCGUCCCGUCCAAGGAGUGCACCCAGCAGCACGAUUACCCGAUGAAUUUCCCGACGUCGAAGGACAAGACGCGUGACAUCUCGCCGAGCCCCAGGCGCAGUGGCAAGAAGCCGAAGAAGCCG